UCACAUGCCAAUUAAAAAUAUCCCUCAACCUAAAUACUUCACUUUAUUCCAAUUAAAAUCAACACGAAUAAAAACAAACAUACCCACAAAAAUAAAAACGACUGAAAGUUCAAGGAAAUCUCAAGCAAGGACGUAAGCAAAUAUCAAAAUUCUAUAAAAGUCAUUUGUGAAAAGGGACGCACAGGACAAACAAUGUUGUAAGUGAUAACAUGCCAUGCUUAUGCCAAUAUUUUGCAACUGAGGUAGGUCUGCGUGUCAAGGCUUCAUUGGAUGUCAAAGACAACGACGAAGACGACCACUACCACGACAACGACGGAAACGGAAAUAAUAAAGGCGAGGUGAUAACUGGAGAAGUUAAUGCAUCAGAAUUGACAAAUUGUAAAGCAGAAAUUCUUAAGCUCCAUAAAGAUCUCUCAAGUUAUAGGAUUUCAAGUGAAAAUAUGGAAGUUCUAAUGAAGAAAAUGAUAGAUGAGCAACAUUUUCUAGUAACAGAAAUAUUUGAACUUAAGAAAAGUAAUGAAGAUAUGAGAAUGCAACAAGUUGCUGAUAGAAAUAACCAAGCUCUUGAAAGAAGUGCAUUGAUUAGGGAAUUGCAUGAAAUCAAAAUUCAACUCCGAGAACGUUCAAAUGAUGUUGAAAAAAUACUUCAACAAAACGAAGCCCUUACCAACGCUCUUAAGGAAGCCAAUGAAAAAAUAUAUGAAAUGGGAAUAAAGUAUUUGAAAUUGAGGGGCUAUCGGCGUACUUCGAGUAAUGCAAGCAAGGAUGAAGAGACAAAAAGCAUUUCUUCAGAUGAAUAAGAGUUCGUUUUGUACAUUUCAAUGUAAUUAAAAUUUGUGAAAAAUAUAUUUUUGAAAAACUG